AUGCUGGACCUCGUUAUUCUGAGCCUCCAUUUCUUCAUCUGCUUUCUCAUCUCCGUGGCGAUCUGGCGUGGACCUAAGGAUGUGGAUUUGCGCAGCUCGAGCACAGGAACAGUUGAUACGGAGCCAGAUGGUCUUACAUUAGUUGGCAAAGAAGACGAGAUAAAGAAGUCCCAAAGAGUAACAGCCAAAGUCAAUGGCAGAGAAGUUGUGGUUUUCUACCAUGAGGGGAAAUUUCAUGCUAUGGACUCUCGCUGCUACCAUGAAGGAGGCCCUUUACGUCUUGGGGAAAUAGAGGAUAUCAAUGGUCACGCAUGUAUUGUUUGUCCUUGGCAUAAGUAUAGAAUUACUUUGGAAACAGGAGAAGGAUUAUACGAAGCAAUAAACCCUUUGGAGCCAUCACCAACACCGCAGUGGAAAUCAAAAGGAGUCAAACAAAGGAUUCAUAAAGUCACAAUAGACAAUGGAAACGUUUAUGUGAGUCCUCCAGAUUUGUCUGUAAACUUUGACUCCGAUUAUUUUGCCGACAAGUACAAAAAUAGCGGUGAUUUAGCUAUGGAAAAACAAAGCAACUCACAAGCAGCAGAGUAAGUCAUGGCCAGAAAGCACAGUCCUGGUGGAUGCACCAACGAAGAACCAUUGUCAUGAAAUGAAAACGUA